AUGUUAGACCAGCCUUACAUGACCGAUCUGAUCGAGGCAAACUCUAUGGGCCACGAGCCCAACCUAAUAGACAUCUACAGCGCCUCCUGGGGACCAACCGAUGAUGGAAAAACUGUAGACGGCCCUAGGAAUGCUACUAUGAGGGCCAUCGUCAAGGGAGUCAACGAGGGUAGAAACGGCCUAGGUAACAUCUACGUCUGGGCCAGCGGAGACGGCGGCGAAGACGACGAUUGCAACUGCGACGGAUACGCUGCCAGUAUGUGGACAGUGAGCAUCAACAGCGCUAUCAAUGACGGCCAAAACGCGCACUAUGACGAGAGUUGUUCCAGCACUUUGGCCAGUACUUUCAGUAAUGGAGCUAAAGAUCCUAAUACAGGAGUGGCUACGACCGAUUUAUAUGGAAAAUGCACCACUACACACUCGGGCACCAGCGCAGCAGCCCCAGAAGCAGCUGGAGUAUUUGCCCUCGCCCUAGAAGCCAACAUCAAACUCUCCUGGAGAGACAUUCAACAUCUCACGGUUCUAACAUCCAAAAGAAACUCCCUGUUUGAUGCCAAAGGUCGUUUUCAUUGGACCAUGAACGGAGUAGGUUUGGAAUUCAAUCAUCUAUUUGGAUUUGGAGUUUUGGAUGCUGGAGCUAUGGUGGCGUUGGCUAAGCAAUGGAAAACGGUACCGCCCAGGUACCAUUGCGAAGCUGGCACAGUCGCGGAAUUACAACAAAUUCCUACACAAGGUUCCGUGAUACUCAAAAUCAACACCAACGCUUGCAAAGGUGAUAACACUGAAGUCAGAUACUUGGAGCACGUGCAAGCUGUGAUAUCUUUGAAUUCCACCAGAAGAGGCGACGUGGAGUUAUUCUUAACUUCACCGAUGGGAACGAAGUAA